UCUGGCAUCAAAUUCAUAGCCCUGUUGUCUGCGCCCGCUUCAGUGUAUUUCUGUGGGGGUGAUGGAGGUUGUGGGGGACGAAAACUCUUUCGAAAUUACUCUCAUAAAGGACCUACGACCGGAACCAUCUCCAUUGAAUCUGGUUGGGUUAGUUAUAUGUAAACAUUCGCCAAGACAAUUGAAAGACCCCAAGUCUAACGAGCAGAAUGGGGGAAGUCGAUAUGUGAUGAGCUUCACUAUCCGCGAUGUUUCAGGUCACAUUAAUUGUAGCCUAUGGGGAAACGAGCCGUUUGUUAUGAAUGUAUGUCAGAGUUUUCAAAUCGGUGAUUUUGUUACUCUGUCUAACGGCCAAACUACCAUGAAAGGCCCUUCUGACGAGAUAUUCAACCCAUCAAAUUCGAGUGCGUUCAAUAUAACAAUCAGCGAAAAGUAUGGCGGGAAUAUCUUGCCAUGCGAUGUUCUACCAGAAUUAAAGCAACUGCUACAUGCUCCUAUACGACCGAAUAACGAUUAUUACACACUGGAAGAGUUGAUCGAACAAGGAGAACGGAUGAACGGAGAAUACGUGAACAUCCUCGCGGUCGUACGAAAGAUUAGUUCAGUUCAACACUUGAAAACAAAAAAUGGUAAAGACCUGGACAAGAUGGAAGUGUCAUUCUUUGACAACACGUCAGAUACAUUUACCGUAGUGGUUUGGGAGCGGGAAUACUUUAGCUACAUUCAACAAUGGACAGAAAAGAGAUCGGUUAUUUUUGCCGCCGAUGUGAGACUGAAUCAAAACAAGUUUAAAAAUUGUUUGCAAGGAACAUUUACAAGUAAAACUGUAUGCAUAAGAGAUCCAGACACAGGUAAUGCUCACCAACUCUACGACUACGCUCUGGAAUAUGCGGACCGGAUGGAAGAACUUUUCGGAAACAGUAAGGAUGAUCUUGGAAAUGAUAUUCAGAACCUUGACGACGAUGAGCUACAGACCUUCACAGUUGAAGAAAUCCUUGCUGCACAAAAAGAGAUGACAUCACAACACACCGAAGAACCCCAUAAGCCCAAUGCCAAAAGGGGUUUUCUCCAAGCAGCCAUAACCAGCUUCAAUAUAGAUGAUUCAAAAAAUAUCUGGUGCCUCAGAUGCUCAUCUUGCAGAUAUAGAAUAUCAUCCGACGGCUCGAAAUGGUGUCCAAACGAGCAAUGUGUGACAAGGCAGGACACUUCCAAGUUCUCUGUCGAACGCACAUUCGACCUCCAGAUGUCACUAUCAGACCAUACAGGUACGUUGGACCAAUGUCGUAUCGGUGGCAAGGCAGCUGAAAACUUGUUUGGAAUCACAGUGGAUGGCUUAGAAUGCCUUACAACAGAAGACUUAACAGAUUUAAAAUGGUCAUGGUUAAUGGAAAGAUGCAGAGUUCGCUUCAGGUUCAGCUUUGAUCAUCCAGCUUCUAGACCUCGGAUAGAGAGAUGUGAAAAGCCGAGCCUUGAACAGGCAUUGAAUGGAAUUAGAGUAUGAAAGAAUUAAAUUUUCCAUUUGUUUCCUUGGCUGGAUCCUGUCUACGCCGAGAAUGUAUCAAACAUACCAACAAAACAAUUUAAAUUGAAUAAAUUUAUUGACUAUUUUAUUAAGAGAGAUCAAAAUUUUUUAUCAAUAUUAUACAUAACUCUCCAAUAAAUGAUCUUGAAAAAA